UCGAAGUGUCGGCUACAUCGGGUCGCUUGCUUUUCCUCGCGAUACAAACCGCGGGCGUCCCAGCGGUGCUCUCACCCUCUCCUUCGCGGUGUAAUACCUACCUGCGCGCCCGCCCCUCUCGCGAUCCCGUCACGCGAGAUCCGUCGCAUUCGGUGGCAUCGACCAGGUUGUCGUCGACGAACGUAACGGUGUAACCGUGCCAAGAAGGAAGGGUGGUAGUUUGCGAACCGGCCGACCGAGGGGGAUGGGGGGAAGGGAAGAGGGUUAGCUCGCCGUGGGAAGAAACGCGGGGACGGGGAGGGGGGUGGCAUCGCUUCGCUCUCUUCGGGCUCGAUCACCUCGCUCGCCACCUUUCCCGACGGAUUUUUCGGUGCGUCGCUUCACGAGAAGGGGUGGCGGUGCGUCUCUUGCCAGCGAGCGAGGGAAAAGUCCCGGUUUCGCGCAGUUCGACUUGAAACUUGAAAUUACUUUCGGCGCGUCCGACAAAUCGGCAUUAUCGGGAAAACGAUUUACCCUUCCCCCUCCGGCUCGACAAAGUUUGAAGAAAUAUACCGGACGGAUUGGCGGGAGAGGAGAAUGAGCCUCGCGCGAAGCUGUGUGCGAAGGGAAUCCUCGACAAUAGUGCUCAGUCCGAUGAAGGGAUGAUGAUCGCGCGCGUGACUCUCCAAGUGUUGUGUCGACGAUCGAAGGAUCGUCCGUCUCAGUGAUCGAUCGGGAAAAGUGCGAAUCCGAUGGAGUGAACGACACGGAUGAUCCCAACUUUUGUCUACGAGUGUCCAUCUGGGAAGUUUGCCGUUGAUCAGCGGCGCGAUUUUGAUUCAACUAGGGUAAUCGAAUGUCGGAGCUGUUGACUUUGCAGAAAUAGCGUCGCUGGGUUGCAUUCUCCGCCGAAGGGACACCUCGGAAGACUCGAGCACGACGCAUUUCUCGAAGCUAUUGCCCCUUUUAUUUCAACAACGACCGUUUGCGCCCUUCAAGCAUCAAACGGAUAAAGCAGCUGAAGAAUUUUCAGUAGCACUUUUACCGACCACGUAGGGAAUUUUAGCGUAAAUAACGGUUUCACGCGUAUUUUCACCGGGAAACCGGAAAAGCAGCGGUUUCUUUAGCCGCAAACAUUGUUUCCCCUCGGCGAAUUAGCUUCGCAAAGGGAUUGUUUGCUGAAGAAUUGCACCUCGGCGAAUGUUCCAUUCGAUCGAGAGAGACUAGUUCGAUUAGACGCGGCUCUCUCGUUAGCUUCGAUCCGUCCAAUAAAAUCUCGAGUGAGAAAUAAUCUGGUAUCUUUCCUCUGUUGCUUGCCAGGACAAAACAAUGUUGUAAACACUGGAAAUAUAGCUUUCUUCUGAGCACGAUUAGAGCCGGUGCCCGUUCAAUCUUUUUCGAUACAUUAAGCACGCUAUCGGAAACAAGAUUGUCUUUGUGUGAGAGAGAAGGAGAAAGAGAGAGCGAUAAAAAGGAACAGGCGUGAACUUGCCUUCAACUUGAGCAGACGACGGGCGGAAAUAGAAAUUCGUCAAGACGAUAUUACUUUCUCAUGGAAGUUUCAGCGAGCGGAUCCUGCUUCAACGAUUGAAAUGUUAAUCUAUCGGAAAAGAGUGCAAUCUUACCUCAGUGACGGAAUGUGUAAUAAAUAGUUUCGAUUGUCUAAACGUUCAAUGAUAAACUUACAACGAUCUCUUUUAUGGUGUAGGAAGUCUCCAUCGUUCAGCGAAGCGACGAAGCAAGAUUUGCAGAUCAUUAACCCCCCGCAAGUCGAUAACGAAGCUGAUAAUUAGGUUUAAGAGACAAUAAUAACGUUUCUAAUGAGGAUAUAAUUGAGCUUCAGCAAAAUAUCUUCUACGAUUCUAGGACAUCCAACUAGGUGUAUGACUAAAAGGAUCUAAAAUUCAGAGCGAUUAUAAUUUCUGUAACUCUUUUAGAUGAAAUUCAUAACUCAGAAUGUUUCUCGGUCUACAUCAUUUACAGUCUUCCUUAGAUCAAUUGCGUCGAGGUAGAUGAUUGAGGACGUAAUUGCAGUCUACUUUCUUCUGGGUGAUUUAAAUGAAACAGAUACAUUGGAAGGAUCAUGGAAAAUUUAUCGUACCUCGUCGCAUGUAAAUUAUUUAUCAAGGAGAUUUAAUUAACGACAAUAGUCUACCUCCGUCUUAAAAUCCUUGAAAACUAAACAAUCAGGACGACGACGUUUAUUUCAAAAACAAAGGAUUGUAAGAAGCUGUCGUAAAAUAAGAGCAACUUGUAUUAACCUCCGCCUUUUAUCAAGAUCACCUCGAAUAUCCGGCAAGAUCUGACAGUCAUCUCUUUGUCUCAAGGAAGAUUGAUGCAUCCAGGAGGUGGAUCGGCAGCCGAGCGUCGCGCGAUGGACCAGCUCGCGUACGUCCGCACUUCCGGUGGCGGUUAAGAAAGGGAACAAUCGCGAGGACGGAGGGAAGGCGGUAUGAGAGGCGGCGGAAGAGCCGCGAAGAAGUGAUCGAGGCGAAGGAGGUGACGCCGAAGACGUCGGUGAUCAUCGCGUCUCAAGAUGACGUCGCCGAUCCUGGCUCUGCUCGGCUUGAUUCUGGCGACCGCCGGCGCCGAGCUGAGCUCAAGGAUCGUCAGGACUAAGUACGGCGAGCUGUCGGGCGUGAUCGUUACCCUCGAUCGGAACCUCGAGGGCGUCGAGGUGUUUCGCGGGGUGCCCUACGCCUCGCCGCCGACCGGCUCGUUGCGCUUCAUGCCCCCCGUCAGCGGCGCCCUUUGGCACGGCGUGAAGGUCGCCGAUAAGUUCGGACCCGUCUGCUCCCAGAAGCUGCCCGAGAUCAACGACAAGAUGCCCAAGGGCAGGGCGGAGUAUCUCAAGAGGCUGCUGCCCUACCUCAAGAACCAAAGCGAGGACUGCCUGUACCUCAACAUUUAUGCGCCGGUCCAAGGUAAUCCCUUUCCACCCUUCACUUGGCCGAAAGUAGACGUUGAUAUAUAUAAUUGAAAGGUGUGAA